CGGGGCUGGCGUGGCCCGGGAGGGAGGGCUGGGGGGGCUGGCCCCCCGGCCGGGCUGACAUCACUGUCCCAGAGCCGGCCUUUUAGCACAGGGUUGGCCCCCCCGGUGUGCAGAGAGUGCCGGCUCCGCGCACCGCAUCGCCCCGCGCCUCCCGGAGCAGCCGCUCGUCUCCCACCCACCGCAGACAUGGCGAACAAGGGCCCGGCCUAUGGCAUGAGCAGGGAUGUCCAGUCCAAGAUCGAGAAGAAGUACGACGACGAGCUGGAGGACCGGCUGGUGGAGUGGAUCGUGGCGCAGUGCGGGGCCGGCGUGGGGCGCCCGGAGCGGGGCCGCCUGGGCUUCCAGGUCUGGCUGAAGAACGGCAUCGUCCUCAGCCAGCUGGUGAACAGCCUCUACCCCUCUGGCUCCAAGCCUGUCAAGAUCCCUGACACGCCCCCCACCAUGGUCUUCAAGCAGAUGGAGCAGAUCGCCCAGUUCCUCAAGGCAGCUGAGGACUAUGGCGUGGUCAAGACCGACGUGUUCCAGACUGUCGACCUCUUUGAGGCCAAGGACAUGGCGGCAGUGCAGAGGACACUGAUGGCCCUGGGGAGCCUGGCGGUCACCAAGAACGAUGGCAACUACCACGGGGACCCCAACUGGUUCAUGAAGAAAGCGCAGGAGCACAAGCGGGAGUUCACCGAGAGCCAGCUGAAGGAGGGCAAGAACGUCAUCGGGCUACAGAUGGGGAGCAACAAGGGAGCGUCACAGGCGGGGAUGAGCUACGGCCGGCCCCGGCAGAUCAUCAGCUAGGCAGCCCCCCUGCCGCCCCCGCCCUCCCGCCGCCGGGAGAGCAGCCCCAGCCGGGACCACCCUCCCGACUCCCCCCGGCCCAGCGCGCCGCAGCCGCCCCUCACCGACUGGUAUUUAUUGACAAGGAAACGCCAGCCAGCCCCAGCGACCCCCCCAGCGCAGCCCUCGGCAGCACCCACCCGGCCACGGCCGCGUGUCCAGCGACGCAUCCAGCCUCGGUGCCUCCGGGGCGGCCCUGCCCCCCUGUCCCGGGCAGCCUCGCCCCGCCGGCCCCGCACGCCUCCGCCGAACCCCCGCGUCCAGCCGGUCCUGCCCCCGCCGCGCUCGCCGGCGCCCGUGGGUGCCCCGCUGCCCUCCCCGGGAGGGGGGGUGGGAAGGGUGCGCGCCCCGGAGCCACCCCCAGCCCCGCACCAGCCCCCGCCACCGCCGCAGAGAUCCUUGAGAACGGGGAGAAAGGAAAAUUGGCCUCGGUUUUGUACUUCGUUUUUUGUCAAAAUUAAAAAGGUUACUGUUCAUCCA